AUGGCCUCCAAUAAAGAGGACUAUCCAGUUCCGGAACAAGAUGAGUUAGAAAAUGAUUUUAGAAUAACGCUGGUGGUUCAGUCCAAAGAAAUACCAGAUGGUGAGCUUCACGAACGAUUUCUUUCGAAUAUCUCCACGUUUACUGGAAUGAACCAGUUUUUCGACAUUUUUGAUGAAAAAGUGGCUUAUCCUAAUGAAGGACAGUUGAAAUAUGAAGUAGGAAGUGACGGCUUGGUCGUGAUGCUAGUGACCAAUAGGGAUAUCAGAGACCAAUGUUUAGACUUUAUUGACAAAUACAUUGAGGACAUAGAGCCCAAAGAAUCGGCCAGAGGGGACGAUGAGCAAGCUGAGACUAGUAGUAAUGAUAGUGAGAAUGACAGUGACCACACAGAGAGAGUAUCGUCUAAGAAGAGUAGAAAAUAA